AUGUCCACGACUUCUGGAGGCCGCUCUUUGGACGUGCUUGCGAGUAUCCUUUCUGACCCCAACUUCGGUGACCGUGGUGAUCUGGAGAAGCUGCUAUUAGCCAAGGUGUUUUCGCAAUCGAUGCACCCGUCGGAUAUCACUCCCUUCUUCUAUCGCGCGUCAAAAUCCCCACAGAAGGACGACAUCACCAUCACCACCAUUGUGACACCCAACCGCUUGCAGCGGCUCGCGGAUCUGGUUGAUCAUUACCAGGGACCCGUAUCCGCCGCCGUGCAUAUAUCCACCUCAAACGCAACCGCGUGCGCCGAGAUGCUCACCGCAUUACACGGGAUAUACAGAUCGGGAAGCCUUCGGCGUUACUUGGACGUGCACCUCGUCCUGGACCCCUUCGAUCGGCAAUUCAACACCUGGCGUAACAUCGCCCGGCUGUUCGCUCGGACUGACUACGUGAUGCUGCUCGAUGUCGACUUUUGGCUCUGCACCGACUUCGGGUCCGCUCUCAAGAAGCGAGCAAGCAGAGAAGUGGUGGCUAAAUUAGAUGGAGGAAAUGCCGCGUUGGUGAUUCCCGCCUUUGAGUACACGAAACAGGAAGAAGGGCGGGACCCGAGCCUCUUCCCCAGGGACAAAGAGACAUUACUAUCGCUUGUCCGACAAGAACGCCUGGGGAUGUUUCACCGCUCAUGGGCGCCGGGGCACAAUAGCACGGACUAUAAUAGGUACUACGCAGCGCCGCCCGGACAGGUGUAUAGAGUUACCCAAUACCAAGCUGCGUACGAGCCGUACGUCAUAUUCAAGAAAGAUGGCCCCCCUUGGUGCGACGAACGGUUUGUGGGAUACGGCGGCAAUAAAGCUGCUUGCCUCUUCGAGAUGUACAUCUCGGGAAUGUCCUUCUAUGUGCUCGCGGACCACUUCAUUAUUCACCAGAGUCACGCGUACGAAGAAGAGGCCAGACGCGUUGAGCGCAAAUACAAUCGCAAGGUUUACGCCGAUUUCAAAGAGGAGACGUGCAUAAGAUACAUCAGGCGAUUCUAUGAGGAAGGUACACUCGGCGGACCCGAUGGGUACAACGCCCAGUCGGAAUGCACCAAGAUCAAAUCUGUGGUCCGCUUUGUAUCUGAGGUGGAAUAUCUUUUGGGUCAAUCCCACAAAUAUCACUGA